GGCUGUGAAUAACGCCAUGCUGGACACAUACCAGCUGAAGUCACUGGAUGGCUUGCUAGAAGGAGACCUGGCCAACAUUGCUAUUGUACAAGACAGAAAGGGAAAGCUGCAUCUAAGACUGCGAUUUCACUUCGAUAGGAACAAUGCCUCCCAGGAUGUGCUCAACAGCAAUGACCAGCGUCUCCUGUCAGUGGAAGAGGCUGAUAACUUUUCAGUGCGUCAGCCUUAUGACCGUGUCAUCCGCUGCUUAGGGUGGAAUUUUGACUUUUCUAUUUUUAACAAUCUUACCAAACCUAAGAGGGGCCGAGGCCGCACAAACAAAUACCCACUGGUCAAGGCCACAUAUGAAUCAGAAAGCCUGCCUGGAAUGUUUAUUAUUGGGACAGCCGGUCAUUCCAUCGAUUACAGGAAGUCAGCUGGUGGGUUCAUCCAUGGAUUCCGCUAUACAGCCCGUGCUGUUCAUCACCUCCUGGAGCAUCGAUACCAUGGUACUACCUGGCCGGCCACCACACUGCCCAUCAUCCAUUUGACCAACACCAUAAUCAAGCGCAUCAACGAGGCCUCUGGUCUUUAUCAGAUGUUCAGUGUCCUGGCUGACAUUGUGCUGCUACAGAAAAAUGCCACAGAGUUUGAAUACCUGGAAGAGUAUCCAAUUGGAGCACUUCCACAUCUUCAGGAAAACACCGGGAGAAAUGCAGCAAAUGGGCUAUUUGUUAUUAACCUGGAAUAUGGGAGCAACUUUUCCAGACCAGAGGCUGAUGUUUUCCAUCCGAGCCGUUCAGUGGGAGAGCCUAGGCAUGCGUGGCUCUCAAACUUCCUCCACCCCGUCAUCUACUUCUACAAACGUCUCCCAACAGAGACCGAGAUGAUGCAAAGACCAAAGUUGUGGCCCCUCCCCCGUCCACACUACAUCCAUCAUGUUGUGGAAGAUUUCCUGACUGACUGGACGGCUGCCAAAGCUCACAUCCUGCCCCUGCGCCGCUUCUUGGAGAACUGUCUGGGCACUGACCUCAGGAGCUUCUUUGCAGAAUCCUGCUUCAAGUUUGCUUUGACCAAUCCACAUGUGCCGCCAUUCUGCCACCACGGUUACUUAAACAUGCAGGGCUUGCUGGAUGUUGAGAUCUUUUGACAAGGUUCUGCAGCGGUGGGCCAGCAUUCCAGCGACAGCGUCCACAGCCAGCAAGUGCCCGAGCAACAGGGGAGUUUGAAGUGAAACUGUUCAGUGACUGAAUGUGUGGCCAGACAGACUGUGCCCUUUAUCCAAGUGAGGGCUCAGUGGACACAGUUACCAGACUAAAUGAUUCCAGGACACACGUAGCCCUGCUGCCAAGUACAAAGGUUUCAAAUAAUAAUUCCUGUAUGAUGUAUAUUCAUAUGAAAACACAGCCAGACGUGUCUGUCAAUAUCUGGGGGGUGGAUUUGUGUUUACAGGUUUGACACUUGUUGAGAUUGCGGAGGCUACAAUUUUAAAUGCUUUCCAUCACGUGUUCUAAUGAUUAAUCUAGUGUUUGAAAAGUCCCAGGCCAUGCUUAAAGCUUCACCAGUGCUGAUAUCAGCACUUUCUGCAAACUUGCCCCUCCCGCAGCUUCACAAAGUGGCCCACUAAAUCUUUGAAAAUCAUGGUCAAAACUCACACUGAUGUGGAAGCAUUCCUCUAGUCGGGAGGCCAGGCUCCAUUUCUGGCAAGACUGAAUUUUAAUGUUUCUGGUUUGCAUGAGAAAUUGCUGCAAACAGACAGUUGGCUGAUUGUUGCUGCUUAUGGGAGCUUGCUGUGCCAGCACGGCUGCUGGUUUUCUUGCAUUACAGCUAUGAUGACACUGAGCUGAUGUACACCAUUGGCUAUGAAGCACUUCAGAACACCCUGGUUUCCUGAAAGUUGUGACAGGAAAACACCAGCCUGUUAAUUCAGGCCAAAGGUUCUGCUGAAUGGACGCGCUUCCUACCAUGACUACCGCUGUCACUGACACUUUCAACGUUCAGAUUGAUUGAUUGUUUUGUCAGAGGGCUACAAGGGAUAUGGAAGAAUGGCAGAUAAAGAUCAAGUGCAGAUCUGUGACCUAACGGAAUGGACAUCAUCAAGGGUUUGAACAGUCCGCUCAUAUUAAUCUUGUUAAUGUGCAGUUCAUGAGUGACUGUAAUGCCGUUUGGUUGCUGGAGGUGAUGCUGCUGAGCUGCUUAUUUGACAAAUGGGGGAAGAACCUAGGACAACGGGUCUUUCUGAACAGGAUAUGAAUCAUUGGUGGUUUAACUAAUUGAGGAAGUGCAGAAGACUUCAGGUGGAUAUUUUUGUUACAGAAAUGGGUACUUGUGGUGCAGAAACAACGUAUUCUGCAUCAGUUAGACAUCAAUUCAUUCAGACUCUUAGACUGGCAGAGCAUUCAAAGAGGCCAUUCAGCCCAUUGUACCUGAGCUUUCUAAUUAAUGUCAGUCACCUUGCUCCUUCCCAACACACUUGGGAGGGAGGAAAAGAAAUCUGAGGACCAGGAACUAGGGUCAGACUGCCCUGACUCCAUUUUAAUAUUUUUCAGGCCUUAAAUAAUGUCUAACAAAUAAAUGGAACUGCAGCUGGUACAGAACACUAGUGCCCAGUGGGUAAUUGAGCUGGAUAGUGCUUGCUUAUUGCUGUUGUUUGCUAAGCAUGGCUGUGUGAGCAAACUUGUGCUGUGAAUGUUGUGAGGAGAGAAUGGAAUUUGAUGGCUGCCCCAUGCAGUUUUGUUGGGUACCUAGAUGGGAUCUUGGUGUGUGGAGAGGGGAGCUGUACAACUGUAACCCAGCAGAGGUACAUUGUACUCGGCAGGAGUGAGAAAGGUUGGUGAGGAGUAAGGAUCAGGUUGCAGUCUGCCUCAGUUUUGGACUGUUGCCUCGUUGAUCUGUAAAAGCUUACAUUUUCACACAAGCCAUACAUUCUGUGAUCAGCCCUCCAUACUUUCUGUAUCAACCUUCUUCAUCACAGAUUCCUUUAUUCAUAUUAAAAAUGAGAUCUGCAGUGUAAACCUGUGAUCUUAUAACCGCAGCUGAGACCUCAGCCCUGCCCAUAGGCCAUAUUGCAGGCUCCAGUCAACAUAAUGUGCCAGUUUUACCGUAAGCUUUCUAUUUAACAAUGACAUUACGUAAAAUAUUAUAUAAACAUAAAGACACAACCAGCAGCUUUAUAAUGAGGAACAUAUUACGUCCCUGAGCUGUGGUCCAGUUAUUCUUCUAACACUUCCUCUCCUCUGUGUUUCCCCAUUUCAACCCCCACAUCAUAAACUCCCCAAUCUCCUAUCUUGCAUCUAUUACAGUUUAUCACUUUGUUGUAAUGGCAUAAGAGUCAGCGGGAGGAUUAAUUUUUUAACAAUGAGUUAUUGAGAUCUGGAAUAGGCCAGAAGCAGAUUGAAUAGUAAUUUUCAAUGUGGAGUUUGAAGAUGAAAUGUUUACAGUCUAUGGGGAAAGAGCAGUGGAGAAUGAGGCUAACUGGGUCAUUCUCUGAAAGGGCUGAGACAGAUGUAAUGGGUUGAAUGGACUGCAUUUACACUUUUACAUUACUGUGCUUCAUAAUGGUGGUGAGGUUUCCAUUUGAGCCAGAGGAUAGGGGCUACAGGAAAGGAAGCCAGUUAAUUAGACUCUACAGCAGGGGAAAACAUCGAUUAAAUUGUGAAUUCAUGGGAAUAAAUGGAAGCAAACACUAAAAUCUUUAAUGUGAUUUUCCACAAUCAAUCUGUUCAAUUUAACAAUCUGCAGAUGUCAAUAGCCUUGGCAUGCAGAGGUCAAAGGGUUAGGCAAUCUUGCCAGCGAGCUGGCUUUGACUCCUCACUCUAAUGCCACAUUUAGAGUGAAAGUGCAAAUUCUAUAAACAUUCUAAUCUAGACAUUAAAAUGUUACAUACUUUAAUGGGUUCAGUUAAGUCUCAAAUUGAAUUGCAGCAACAAUACAAUCUGAUCCACUGCUCAGUAACCAACAAUCAGAGAGAAAUAUGUGGCUGUACAUUCCACCCAUCCCCUGCUGCAAUUUUAAAAGAGUUUUUUUUAAAAAAAUCAAUAUUUAACUCCGGGUAAAGUGAUCCAUGAAGAUUGCCAGGCUGUGUCAAAGGGUCAGACAGCAGGGGCUAACACUUCAGACUUGCUUUGUUACUGACAUGUCACUGAGAUUUUAACCUUGGUAUCGAGGUGUUUGGAGGCUGGAGUAAAUUGAAAUCUUGAACUGCUGACAACACAAGACAAUCAGCCUAUUGUCUGAUCAAUGCUGCAGUCUGUUCCCUUUUCCUUGACUGUGUUCCACCUCUGGGCUUCUGGAUUAUGGGCUGUGAAUGUUUGAACAGGGCAAAUAUAGAAAAUUAAUCCCACUGACAGGACGGUUGGUCACCACAGCUCAAAGCUAAUUCGCAAAAUAUCUGGUAGCAGAGGUUGGGAGAGGUAGGGAUUUUUAUUUAAAGAAAGUAAGUUAUGAUCUGGAAGACAGGCUAAAAGUCUGCUGCAUGCAACAACAACUUGGAUUUUUGUAGCACCUUUAUUGUACUGUAUCCCUGGCAUCAACUCACAAGUGUGAUUAGCAAGCAGGGUGAAAGCGAGAUUUCAGGACAAGGUGGUCAAAAAAAGCUUAGUUGAAGCAAUCAACCCUUUUGACAGACUUACCCAGACUCUUUACUUGCAACUCUGAAGUUCUUUCCUCCAAAGUUAGUCUUAAAGGGAAUCUUAAAAGAGGAGAGGUUUAGGGAGAGAAUUCCAGAGUUUAGGGCCCGGAAGCUGAAGAUAUAGCUGCCAGUGGUGAAGCAGGGACAUCCAAGAGAUAAGGUUUAAUAUAAUUUUGGGACAGAAGUUGUAUAUAUGCUUAAAAAAAUGGAAGGACUCUGGGGCUGUAGGACUAAUUAGAAAAUUCUUGUGAAAGACCAGUGUGGGUAGGGUGGGCCAAAUAGCCUCAUUUGCUGUUUAAUUUUAUAAGAAGGGGCAACUCCUGAUCUGAGCUUUAAUGCAUUGAGGUAGAAAAUUUGUAAGAUUUUAAGACUGAAAGCAAAAUGCUAAAUGACAAGAAUAUUAGAACACAAGAAACAACAGCAGAAGUGGACCAUUCGGCCCCUCGAGUCUGCUCUGCUUACUCAAGAAGGUCAUGGCUGAUCUUCAGCUUCAACUCCAUUUUCCUGCUUACUCUACUUGAUUACCUGAAACAUUAGAAAUGUAUCUCUCUAUGCCUUAAAUUUAACAAUGAUUCAUUGACAACCUUCUUAGGAAGAGAAUUUCAAAGAUUUUGUUUGCUACUGGCGGACAGCGUAAAACCAGAUCACAGAAUUAUUACAGUGCAGGAGGCCAUUCAGUUCGUUAUGUCUACAACAGCUCUAUUAUCUCAUGCCAAUCUCCUGCAUUUUCCACAUGUCGCUGCACACCAUUACAAUCCAAAUAAUCAUUCAGUGCCCUCUUGAAGGCCUCAGUUGAACCUGCCUCCUCCACAUUUCCAGGCUGUGCAUUCCAGACCCUAACAACUUGGUGUGUGAAAAAGAUUUUGCAAAUCACUUUAAAUCUAUACCCUCUCAUUCUUAUUUCUUUUACAAGUAGGAACAGCUUCACACUAUUUACUCUGUCCAGCCCACUAAUGAUUUUGAAAACCUCUAUCUAAAUCUCUUCUCAGCCUCCUUCCUCCAGGGAGAAUAGUCCUAACUGCUUUAAUCUCCUCAACUUAAGUUUCUCAUUCCUGGAGCCAUUCUAGUAAAUUGCUUCUACGUGCUGUACAAUGGGUUCAUGUAUUUCCUAUAAUGUAGCACCCACAACUGGACACAGUACUGCAGCUGAGAUCUGACAAGUUUGUUGUACAAGUUCACCAUCACUUCCCUACUCUAGUAUUCUGUGGUCCGAUUAAUAAAGCUGAAGCCACUAUACUUUA